CAAUCACGUCGCGCUGGCCCUCCUCCCUCCGAGACCAGCCUCCCUUCUCAGUCCCUACUACGCCUCUCAAUCGCCAUAUUGGGUACUGAGAGGUUACUCUGCAGUUUCUCUCAGUGCGGGACGAGCGCCUUCGGUUCCUCUGCAGUUUGUUUUCAUGAUUUGCGGGAACUAUCUUCGGCGUCAGAACACCGCAGAAGCCAUUUGCGCCUCCAGGUUGACGUGCGCAUGGCAUAAGCCGUUUCACGCUUGUUUCGGAUCUUUUCCCCCGUGACGAGGAGAUACCCGUGGUUUGGUUUUUUUUUUUUUUUUUUUUCUCUCCUACGCUCCAGCGACGAGUUUUUUCUUAUGAAAACCGGACGCUCCUGGCUGCUCGAAGAUUCAGCAUUUUUGGGGGGUAAAAUGUCAGACGUUCGACUUUCAAACGGAAGCCCGACGUUGGAACGGACGGAGCCCCGAGUGUCGGAGCACCCGAAGCCGUCAGCCUGCCGCAGCCUCUUCGGCUCGGUGGACCAUGAAGAGUUAAAGAGGGAUUUAAAGGGACACAUGUGGGAGCUGCAGGAGGCUGCGGCCGCUAAGUGGGGCUUCGACUUCGCCAGUGACAAGCCGCUGUCUAACGCCAGGCUCACAUGGGAACUAGUGGACUCCGCGGAGAUCCCGGAUUUCUACGUGCGGCCCCCGCGGAGGGAGAAAGGCGUCGGCUCUGGGAAUAACAAUGUGGAUCUAAACGGGAAUCAUAGCUGUGUUCUGGUGGUUCCGAGCGAAGAUCAGAGCAUCUCAGACGUUCAGACGGAGUGUACGGAGCAGUGCGCGGGGCUGAGGAAAAGACCAUGUCACGACCCUACGGCGCAAAGUAAGAGGUCACGCAGCAGCCCAGAUGAAGUUAGUUGUCCAAGCCUGAGCCACUCUGUUGAACACACACCCAGAAAGUCAAGUCCCAAGAGACAAACGUGAGGAAUAACGAAACGAGAAGAUGACCCCCCCCACUCCACUCUGUUUUCCUUGAACAUGGGAGACCUCAGUGUUGGCUUUUUUUUUUUUUUUUUUCCUUUGGACGAGGAUCUACGCAGCA